UGCAGCAGCUUCUCCAGGAUUAAUCAGGCUUGUUUUUUCCUCAGUAGUGUAGAUGUCAUCCCAGCAUGCAGAGCCAUUCAGACCUCUCUCGUUUUCAUCAAACGGAUUAACCGUGUUGUGAUAAGCCGCUGUGAAUUUCCAUCAAGAAAUCAGACCAGCCCACUGGAUUGUCGCGCAGGGGACCAUUUCAGCUCCCCCUUCCUCUUUAUUUCUCCUCUUCUUCACCUUGCUCGUACUAUAUGCUACAUUUACAACCCUCUCCUCUCAAAUUUCGACGCAAGCGGACGUUCGCGGAGCAGCGACGGUGCGCAGCACAGAGAGCGGAGCGGGGCACGGCAGGCGGCGGGCACCGCGGAGCGACGACGCGGCAGCAGCCCUCUGUGUCUCUGUCUCUCUCUCUUCUGCUUUUUGCUGGAAACCAGUACACUGGAUGCUGGAUUUGUUUCUCAUACGGAUUUGGAUCGGGACUCGGGACAACUUCGCAUGGGACAAAACCCGCCUUCUUUCACGUCCGCCAGCGAUUUGUUUCGCCCGGCGUGUUGACGACGGCAGCGUAGAAGAGGGCAGAAACCGGAGGCUGCCGGAGGAGCGCAAUUGACAGAUACGGAGACAUGUUUAUACACGCGUUUCCGUCUACCAGCUGGUUGGAGGUAGAAGCGAACAAAGCGGCGUGUAAUCUGUUUUAAAACAACGUAAUAUUGGGAGCUGGUAAUGCAGAAGCGUGGGUCUGCUGAAACGGAGACCGGGGGGAAGAUGCUGUGAUGUUCGCUUUGCAUCGCAGGGCAACGCGUUGUAACGAUCGGAGCGGCGUGGAAUAAGGCACCGAGCCGCAACUUUGUUCAAAGGCCUCACAGACAGCAAAGUGCAUUUAUUUUUGGAGUGUGGUAAUUGAAUAUAGCCUGGAGUGUUUAUAUACAAUCAUCCCUUAAGCUCAGUGAUUUUUAUAUGAUUUACAGUUCAAACCCACAUCGUUGAUGUCAUUAAAAAGAUUAGUUAGCGAAUUUCUAAGUGGAGGCAGGUUCAAAAUUCCCUUAUGCAAAUCCAGUCGAUAACGAGAUAAACACACUGGGGGUGUGUUUAUAGUCCAGCAUAUUUAGUUUUUACCCCAGCGUAAAGGCAGCAGAGACGCUGCUCCCAAAGCACCGUGAGCUCUCUCCUGUCAAGGAAAGCCUCAAGGAAACUUUCAAUGGUUUUCCGAAAGUUGCCCGGUGUCUCGGCAUCGGGCAUGGGUCUGCGCCUGUCCCAGAAGUUCGUCUUUUUACUCUUCCUCUCGGGUUUGGUAACACUGUGCUUCGGAGCCCUCUUCUUUUUGCCGGACUCCGUUCGACUAAAACGCAUUUUUCUCUCCAAGACAGAAGUCCAGCCUGUCACCGUUGGCUCCGGGUCCGAAAACGAUGUCAGGGAGCACCUCAAAAGAUCCAAGGAGCUGGAGCAUACGGGGGGCAUGACCCCGGGCAAAGGAGAGACGAAGAGCCGCAAACCCUCCGUCUCCAACGAAGCCACCGAGGAGCGGCUGGCAGGGGGCAAAGCUCAGGAGGACCUGACCCUGUCCAGGUCCAAAGCGGAGUUGGAGGGAGCCUCCGACGGAGACCACGAUGCCAACUCGGAUACUUUUAAUUUCAAGAAGUUCCAACGGUGCCUGCUCAAACCUGCGCUGGGGAGAGACAACGGGAGGCCGACUGACCCCAGGACCAACGACCGCCGGGAGAAAGUCAAAGAGAUGAUGAAGUUUGCCUGGGACAACUACAAGCGAUAUGCCUGGGGCAAAAAUGAGCUGCGGCCUCUGACAAAAAAUGGCCAUAUCGGCAACAUGUUUGGUGGACUAAGAGGAGCUUCUAUUGUCGACUCGCUGGACACGCUAUAUAUUAUGGGACUGAUGGAAGAAUAUAAUGAUGCCAAGGAGUGGGUGCAGACUAGUUUGGACCUAAACUCGAAUGGCGAGGCAUCACUCUUUGAGGUGAACAUUCGUUACGUGGGUGGCUUGCUUUCAGCGUACUACCUGACAGGAGAGAAGCUUUUCAGAAGUAAAGCGUUGGAGCUGGGAGAAAAGCUCCUACCUGCGUUUAAUACGCCAACAGGGAUCCCCAGAGGAGUCAUCAACCUGGGGAGCGGUACCAGUUGGAGCUGGGGCUGGGCUUCAGCUGGCAGCAGCAUCUUGGCUGAGUUUGGGACCCUUCACCUUGAAUUUGUGCAUCUGACAGAGCUGUCUAACAACCCUGUCUUCAAAGAGAAAGUGAUGAGCAUCAGGAAGCUCCUGAACAAGAUUGAAAAACCUCACGGCCUAUAUCCAAACUUCCUCAGUCCAGUCAGCGGCAACUGGGUCCAGCAUCAUGUUUCCAUCGGUGGCCUUGGAGACAGUUUCUACGAGUAUCUGAUAAAAUCCUACCUGAUGUCAGACAAGACUGAUGAGGAAGCAAAGAAGAUGUACUACAGUGCACUGGAGGCAAUUGAAGCUAACCUGGUUCAGAAGUCCCCUGGUGGUCUCACCUACAUGGCUGAGUGGAGGGGGGGCAUCUUGGACCACAAGAUGGGUCACCUGGCCUGCUUCUCCGGGGGCAUGAUUGGCAUCGGAGCUGAUGAUGGAGCACCAGAGAAGAGGCAGCACUACCUUGACCUUGCAGCUGAAAUCACACACACAUGCCAUGAGAGUUAUACCCGCACUACCACUAGACUGGGACCUGAGGCCUUCAGAUUCGACAGCGGAGCUGAAGCUACAGCUACUAGACUGAGUGACAGAUAUUACAUCCUGCGACCAGAAGUCAUCGAGAGCUACAUGUACAUGUGGAGACUGACCCACGACCCCAAAUACAGAGACUGGGGAUGGGAGGCUGUUGAGGCUCUGGAGCAGCACUGCAGAGUGGAGUCUGGUUUCUCUGGGAUCCGUGAUGUUUACACCAUGACAGCCAGCCACGACAACAUGCAGCAGAGCUUCUUCCUGUCAGAAACACUCAAGUAUCUUUACCUACUCUUCUCUGACGAUGACCUCCUGUCUCUGGAAGACUGGGUAUUUAACACUGAAGCCCAUCCACUGCCCAUCAUCCGUAAGAGCUGCCUGCAGGAUGAAGUAACAGAGGAAAAGACGGUCUCUGAAUAAUACCGCUCAACGACUAAGAUGGUCACAGACAAAUCUGCACAAUUCAUGUGCACACAGAGUCAAAAGAAAUUGCAAACACAAAUUCAGUGCAGAUUCAGGGUCUUUUAAGAAGUGUGUGGUUGACUCUCAGUUCCUUUCCAGUAAAGGAUGUUUUCGUUUUAUGCUGUGAUUGUAUAUCCUUUCGCCGGGGUUCCUUCCUACUGGCACUUCUUUUUUGCGGACAAUCAAAACAAACAUGACUUUCAUGAAGAUAUACCUUUUUCUUUCCUUCUUUCCUCUGUGAGGAAACCUCUAUAACUUACAGACCCAAAUAUAUGGGAGAAGGUUUGAACAAUGGGCCAUUGUGUCAGAGAGAUACAAAACCACUUAAAUUUUGCUCAUCAUUUUAGUUUACCUUUAGUGAUGACAUUUUCCCUUUAGGCUUGUUUCUAGUUUACCUUCGUGAACUCUUUGGCCAAAGGUUUCCUUGCAUAUCUAUUUUCCUCUUUUAAAGUACAGUGUUUUGGUCAACUUUCAGAAAGGAUUUAAAUAAUGUACAGAUAAACACAAAAUGUGACUCAAAUCCACCUCGAAACUAAUUUUUGAUGUCAUGUUUCUUACCGAAACAAGGUUAAAUGAAUUUUUUAAAAGGACAGAGAUGUCAGGAAAGAGGCUUCAUCUUAUGCAUCCAGGGAGCACUUUUAAAAGAAAUGUGUUGUUUCUGGUCUGUGCUCUGGUAAUUUGUUUUCCCAACAGAAUAGUGUUUGCUCUGCCUUUCACAAUAAAAUGGAGCACUCUGUCCUUUCACUGUAAAAACAAAGCAUCAAGGAAAAAAAAAAAAGACACCUUUUAGCCAGUUUCAGAUGUUUCUCUUGAGUUUCUGCCUUCACAUACAUCCAUAGUGAUGUUGCAGGCUUUUAGGCUGCAGAGACAACUUUUAUUUUCCAUCACUGUUCUGUUAACAGUUGCGCUUCUGCACAGUCGUGGAGUGAAUCUGCUGUAUAUACAGAAGAGAUGAGUGGCACCUGUAUGAGCUUGUCUUGACUUUGGUUUGUCUCUUUGUCUCUAAAACAUCAGUGGUUAUUUUUUCUGGGUUCUCUUUGAUUUGCUUCCCUCAGGUGUUUCAGUAAAAAAAAAAAGAAAUCUAAAAACUUCUAAUUUUAAGUCUAGUUAUUGCUGAUAUUCAUUAUUGUUAUUAAUUAUUCUUACUGUUUAAUUUUACUUUGAUCGUUGAAUAUUUUGAAAUACCGAUUAAAAAGAAACUGUGCAACUUUGUACAUUUAAAACAA